CAUUAGCGUGACCUUAAAACCGCAAUUACGAGGGAAACGAUUGAUAAAACCAAUCGUCGCCGCGGUGAAAAACAGAUCGUCUCGUGUGUAUGUGUGUGGAAAUACUCUGAGAUAUUUCUAAGCAUCUCGACACUGAGGUUAUGUAGCGCUGAGUGUGCAUUCAUUAGCUCUUUCUUUCUCUCUCUCUCUCUCAAUGGCAAAGCUGUCAAGUGAUGAGACGAUCUUAACCACACUCGCGGUUUCGGCAACAAAGAAAGCUCGGCUGUGGUUUAUUUUUAUGCCGAACGAUAUGAUCGAUAUAAGAUUCCACAGCUAUUUUGCUCGACCGUUCGUUUCCAGAUCGGACCAGUCUCGUCCAUUAAAAUAAUCGUCAAUCGCUCUUUUCGCGAGUAUUUAUAUAAUUUCUGAUUGGUCGCCACGCCAGCAGCCAUGUUGCUUUUUUAGUAUUUUAGUGAGCGCUUUCUGAUGGAGCGGCUGUGCUCCACGGGAAUACGACACGGUACAGAAUCCGGAAAUUGAGAUGGAAAAAAAAAAAAAAAAAGACACAAGAGAUCUUAUCGUAAUCUCGGGAGCUUUGACUGAUUGCUGAUGACUCCUCUCGUAUUCCAGGAUAGAAAAAGACGAGAUGUCUGAGUUGUAGAGUCGAAUGAUACAAUUUGUUAUCAACGUUGCGAUUUAAUUAUCUUUUAUUUUAUUUCGCUGAUCGGAGCAAACCGCUCCGAUCUUCGCGAACGUUUGCGAUCUCUUCUCACGUUCCGUAUAUGGCGCGUAAAGCGUAUAGACCACUCGUAUCGAUCAUGAUCUUCCACUUCGCGAUCAAUCCUUUGGAAUGUUGGCUCCGGAAUCCCCGUCCCUUCCCUGCCUCUUUCGUCUUCUUUACACAGUUCUUUUUUUUUCUUUCUUUCUUUCUCGCUGUCUGUCUUUUUUCUUUCUCUCUUUCUCUCUUCUCUUUCUUCGCGAUUCCGAAUCGCCAACGAUCCAGCUGGAACGGCGACACGACUUGCAAAGUGUACGUCGAUUGGUGCCGAAUUUUCCAGUAGUCCAAGAGAGAAAGAGAGAGACACAGAAGACAGAGAGAGAGGGAAUAAAACAGAUGGCGACAGAGAGAGAGAGAGAGAGAGAGAGAAUGAGCGAGAGUGAGAGAAACGAGUGGAAUGUCUGAGAUUGUAUGUACUUGAAAUUAAUAUUUCGUGUCUCAGCGCGGAAACAUUUUUAAAUUACAUAUUAAUUACAUAUUUUAUUCACUCGCACACAUCGGCUUUUAUCUGAUGUCCGAAACUUCAUAAAAAGACAUAAAAAAAAACAAUAUUUAUUAUAAGAACUAUUAGAGCAAACUUUCGGAUUAACUUGUGCCCCCGUAUUUACGUGUGCCAUUAAAGUGCAGUAGUAGGUACUGAAUGAAUAUAAAAGUUACGUCAUCUGAUCAGAAUUAUAUAAAAUGUUACAAGUAUGAGGUUUUUUCAAAGAAAAAAAAUUAUUGAUAUCGCAACAAUUUACUAUUGAAAUAAUCAGAGUUUUAUUUAUUUGUUGCAAUAAAUAAUGUAAUGUAUUUAAAGAUUAUUUUGCGUAAAGAAAAAAUAGGGAUUUGACACAUGAUCUGCUACAUGAGAGUGCUGCUAUUGAUAUGUGUGUGUGUGUGUUAGUGUGAGUGCGUUUUGAGUAAUGAAUUAGCGUCGCUCCACUUUCGUGAGAAGACUCGGUGUGACCCGAAAACGUGAUCGAGAGUAUUCCCGACCCGAAAUCUCGCCGUAUUCUCGUAGAUCCUGCAAGCAGCGCCCUCCCGUGUGCGUGUUCGUGUGUUACCGGCUAGAAAGUGAAACGUCAAGAUGCUGUUUAUACGAGAACGGAGAGUGGCGGAACGCGUGUGCGACGAUUCGCUUCUUGUAUCGAUGCUCGUUGCACGAUAAUGAUUUGAUAGUGAACGGAAAGACACCUGAAUGUCAGACCUCUCGGCCUAUCUUCUUUUUUUGUUUUUUCGUUUUUUUUUUUAGGAGGGGGAGGCUUUGUACUUUGAAUUUUUGUCUUGUGAUAGCGGAGAUUAAUCGAUAUAGUGAAUAUUCUAUUGCGAUAGUGAUUAUUUGCAAAGUGACAGUUUCUUUCUUAUCGCGAUGAUAUUUUUCGUCGAAAGCGCGUUACCGCGAAAAAAGAAAACGAUAUAUCGAAGUUUAUAUUGACACUUUUAUUAUGUAACGUUUUUGAAUAGGAAAAUGAAACGUUCGGUGAUUUUUUUGUGUGUGUGUCAUUUCUUUUGUUCCAAUUUUGUCAUUACAUACUAUUGAAGCGUAAAUAAUUGGAAAUACAUAAUUGCAACAUUAUUCUUCGCUACUACCUUUACAGUACAAACUUGCGACACUACGCGCUUUGGCAAUAUGCAUCAGCAUAUUUGUAAAACAGCCGAAGCAUGCGACCUGCCGUGUCCAGCAUCAAAUCAAAUACUGCCGGGAGGUGGAGUUGGCAGUGGAGGCGGAGGAAGCGGCGGACGCGGCUCGUCCCCUAGUGUAUCCGGGGUGGCUGCGCCUUCGCCGUCUCCUCAAUCGCACUCGUCCCCAUACGACUUGAGACGCAAAAGUCCACCACAUCCGGAUCCGGCGCCUGGCACAAGUUCCGCUCUACCGCCAUCGGGUGGCAGUAGUAUUGCUGCCACGGUCGGUUCGUCGUACUUACCUGCGAGGAAACGACCGAGACGAACGUGUUCACUGUCCACAGAUGGUAUAAACACAAACACAGCAGCGCAUUAUCUUCAGUACGAGCUGCCGGAUGAGGUGUUGCUCACAAUAUUCAACUACCUUAUGGAGCAGGAUCUUUGUCGAGUCUCGCAAGUCUGCAAACGCUUCCAGGCGAUUGCAAACGACACGGAACUGUGGAAGUCAUUGUAUCAGCAGGUCUACGAGUAUGAUCUGCCGCUGUUCAAUCCGGCGUCGUGCAAGUUUGAAUUUGUGUCGCCCGACGAGUCCGAAUAUCAAAAUCCGUGGAAGGAGAGUUUCAGGCAGCUAUAUCGAGGUGUGCAUGUCAGACCCGGGUUCCAAGACUUGAAGUUCAAAGGACGCAAUCUGCCGUACUUCAAUACCAUUCAGGGCGCAUUAGAUUACGUGGACGAGUACAGAAGUAACAGCGGUGCCUCGGUGAGCGGCGCCAGUACAGCCGCAAGCGGACAGGGUUGUUGCAACAACAGUUCUCAGACCAAUGGAGAGGACACAUCGACGCAACAUUUGGUGUUUCUUCACGCUGGCACGUACAGAGGCGAAUUUCUCGUUAUCGAUAGCGACGUGGCGUUAAUUGGUGCUGCGCCGGGCAAUGUCGCGGAAUCCGUUAUUCUCGAACGAGAAAGCGAGUCGACGAUGAUGUUCGUAGAAGGUGCGAAGCGCGCUUACGCUGGACAUCUCACGUUAAAGUUCACACCCGAUGUUACAAGCACGGUGCCUCAUCACAAACAUUAUUGUUUGGAAGUGGGCGAAAAUUGCAGUCCUACUGUUGAUCACUGUAUAAUCAGAAGUUCGAGCGUAGUGGGUGCUGCGGUUUGUGUGUCUGGCGUUGGCGCGAAUCCGUUAGUAAAGAAUUGCGAUAUUUCGGAUUGCGAAAAUGUCGGUCUGUACGUGACCGAUUACGCGCAAGGUACGUACGAAGACAACGAGAUUUCGCGGAACGCCCUAGCCGGAAUCUGGGUGAAGAACUAUGCGAAUCCGAUAAUGCGACGGAAUCACAUUCAUCAUGGUCGCGACGUUGGCAUAUUUACGUUCGAUAACGGACUCGGUUACUUCGAAGCCAAUGACAUUCACAACAAUCGGAUAGCAGGUUUUGAGGUUAAAGCGGGUGCGAAUCCCACUGUUGUUCACUGCGAAAUACAUCACGGUCAGACUGGCGGCAUUUAUGUACACGAAAACGGCCUGGGACAAUUCAUCGACAACAAAAUUCAUUCUAAUAACUUUGCUGGUGUGUGGAUCACGUCGAACUCGAAUCCGACCAUACGUCGGAACGAGAUAUAUAACGGUCACCAAGGCGGAGUGUAUAUAUUCGGCGAAGGUAGAGGAUUGAUCGAGCACAAUAACAUUUAUGGCAACGCGUUGGCCGGCAUACAGAUCAGAACAAACUCUGAUCCGAUUGUCCGACAUAAUAAGAUACAUCAUGGUCAACAUGGUGGCAUUUAUGUACACGAGAAAGGUCAGGGUCUGAUAGAGGAGAACGAAGUCUAUGCCAAUACCUUGGCGGGCGUAUGGAUCACGACGGGAUCUACACCGGUUUUGAGGAGAAAUCGAAUUCACAGUGGCAAACAAGUCGGCGUAUAUUUUUACGACAAUGGCCACGGAAAGUUGGAGGACAAUGAUAUUUUUAACCAUUUAUAUUCAGGAGUACAAAUAAGAACUGGCAGUAAUCCGGUAAUACGCGGCAACAAGAUAUGGGGCGGCCAGAACGGCGGUGUUCUUGUGUAUAAUAGUGGCUUAGGUUUACUCGAACAAAAUGAGAUUUUCGAUAACGCAAUGGCGGGCGUUUGGAUUAAAACGGACAGCAAUCCAACUCUCAAGAGAAAUAAGAUAUUUGACGGACGAGACGGCGGAAUCUGUAUAUUUAACGGGGGCAAAGGUGUUUUGGAAGAAAACGACAUAUUUCGCAAUGCACAAGCGGGAGUGUUGAUCUCGACGCAGUCGCAGCCGAUCUUGAGAAGAAAUCGGAUUUUCGACGGAUUGGCAGCCGGCGUUGAAAUAACCAAUAACGCCACAGCCACACUGGAAUUUAAUCAAAUAUUUAAUAAUCGAUUCGGCGGUCUAUGUUUGGCGAGCGGAGUGCAACCCACGACUAGAGGCAAUAAAAUAUUUAAUAAUCAAGACGCGGUGGAGAAAGCUGUUGGAAAUGGACAAUGUCUGUAUAAAAUCUCAUCGUACACUUCUUUCCCAAUGCACGAUUUUUAUCGUUGUCAAACGUGCAACACGACGGACCGCAAUGCGAUAUGUGUUAAUUGUAUAAAAACCUGUCACGCUGGCCACGAUGUGGAAUUCAUCAGACACGACCGAUUCUUUUGCGAUUGCGGUGCGGGAACAUUGAGUAACCAGUGCCAGCUGCAAGGCGAGCCUACGCAAGACACAGAUACGUUGUACGAUAGUGCAGCACCCAUGGAAUCGCAUACACUCAUGGUCAACUAGGAACUAACCUAAAAUUAAUUUAAACAAUCAAACAAUGUUAGAGCCGUAAGUCCAAUAAUAUUGCCAGCACACGCAGUAAUCCGCGUUGCCGAGUUCUUUAUAAUGAUCUCUACUUCACUCUCUGCUGUACACAUACCGCAUAAAUAUUUGUUGUUCUUUUAAAACUAUUUCUAUAUUUGCAAAGAUAUUUUAUUAUUAAUGUUAGCACGUGAAAUUACAACGUUACGUGAAGUAUAAAAUAAUAUAAUGUAUAAUAUAUAUAAAUAUUAGGUCAUUAAGUAUGAAACU